CAUAAAUUACCAAAUGAUCUUCCAAAUGCUGGCUGGGGUUUUGUAUUUUAAUACAAUGUAUGUAUGUAUGCAGGGAUGAGUUUUCAUACAUACAUACACAUAUCCACACGUAGUACAUAUUACAUCCAUUUACCUUAGCAUCAUUGAGUAGAAUUAAAAGCUUUUUUAUCCAGUUACAAUAGUUAGUUAACGUUUAGUCAGCCACAAUGGAGGGCUGUCUGCGGUGUUGUGUUCGAAGUGCAAGUCCCCAAAAAUGGGCUAUCAAAUCUACAGAAAAAGUAAAAAGUACACAAUGCAAAUGUAAUACUUUGCGUCGCGUUUUGGCAAAAAAUACAGAUGAGUUUUGUAAAAAUACAACAUUACAUGGGCUGAAAUAUGUGAACAACCGUUUGUUGCACCCCGUUGAGCGCGCAUUUUUCAUUGUCUCCGUCUUAGCUGCUUGCAUCAUAUCGAUUUUCUACAUAAUGAACGUCUACGACAAAUGGGCUACAACUCCCGUUAUCGUUGGUAUAAAUCCAAAGCCGAAUUUCGUUACAAAUAUCCCGUUUCCAGCUGUGACUAUUUGCAACUUGAAUCAGGCGCUCAAAGCAAAGGCCAUGGAAGCGAAUAAAAACCCCCAAAUACGAGCUUUGCUGAAACUGCUUUGCAAAAAUGAGUCCACCGAACAACAAUCUACAAUUAGUUCUGAUUGGAGUAAUUUGGAGAAUAUUAUCAUGAACAUUUCUCAACCGUGCAAAGAUAUGAUGGUGGCUUGUCGCUUCGCGGCGAAUGAAUAUGACUGCACCAAAUACUUUAUACCGAUCAUUACCGAUGAGGGACUCUGCUGCGUAUUCAACAUGGUACAUCCGAAGUUUAUGUUCAUUUCACACACACCGCUUAGCAUGAGCAAUAUUCCCGAACGUGAGUAUCAGCCGAUUGAUUGGUACGCAGAACGAGGCUAUCCACCCGAUUUAGCCAAACAAAUACUAUCCUCGUCGCAUAGCGGGCACAGGCGAAUCGCUGGGUCUGUCCAUCACGCUAGACGUCGAGGAUCCUACGAUGGCUCGUGUCUGGAUACCUGCUGGCCGACUUGUUAUGACUUGACCUUCCUGGUAGAUGUCUUUGCUAUACCGUUAUCGAGUGAUGGGUUCUUCAUUGAAAACCAGCGCGUACAACGGUACAAUAGGAGCUAUGCCAAGCAGAAUAUUGCCGUGGUGAAUAUGUAUUUUAAAGAGUAUUCCUUUCGGAGUAGCAUACAAACAGAGUUCAUAGGCACGACGGACUUUUUGUCUGCCGUUGGUGGACUAAUGGGCUUGUUUCUGGGUUUCAGUUUUAUCUCAAUAGUUGAACUAGUCUACUAUGCCAUCAUACAUCCCAUACGCUCCCUGCUACAUUUCGAAUGCGCCAAAAAGUCAUCUGUGGUUGCGGAUAGGCUGGCCACUUGUGAUAAAACUACGAUGUGCCGACAAUGGUCGUCGGUUCAACGGUAUAAACGAUUGCGCAAAUACUUACGACUACGUGCAAUUUACAGCAAAGCAAACAAGGCAAUGAAGAAAAAGUUAGGCUAUAAGCGGUUGGUCAGCAGUACCGUUAAACAUGAUGCCGAACACUCGAAGAAGGAAGUUGAAAUGAGAAAGUAGAUUUUGGAAUAUUCAACGGAAGGAGGAAAUGCUUAGCGAUAAUUUCGCAAUUUAAUAUUUUUUGCAAUUUCGUUUAUUAUUGUUGUGCUGGCUGCAGCUUUCUUCGUCGGCAAAAUCUACGAAAAGUGGACUCUUACG